CUACUUUGCCUUGCAAUAUGUAUGUAUAUUUAUUUAUUUACUCGAUGUAAGUGCCUUUAACAACAUCUGGUUGCAGUAAGCGGUUAAUGCAUUUCCUAUGUAAUUAAUGACGUAUUUUUGUGAAAAUCAUUGCAAAACAAAUUUCACUUUAAGGGCAAAUUCGUAUAUAAAAACUUCUUUCUGUGCAUUUCUUAGUCACAUAUUUUUAUAAGAACAUUAUAACGCCAUUCACACCACAAUAAAGAUGAAUUUUUAUAACGUAGCCCUCAUGCUACUUCUGGCCUUGACUGCCCCAACAGCAUUUGCAAUGCUUGGAAAUGGUCAACCUAAAUGUACCACUCGGGAAGAAAUUGAUAUUCGCAUAUUUCGUAACAAUUGGGACCCAACUUCCUAUUGGAUAUGCGAAGAACUGAACGAGCCGGCUAUUUUAGGACGAUGUCCCGAACAGAUGGCCUAUCUGGACAGCGUCAAGGACUGUGUUAGUUGGGACGACUGGCAAUGGGAGCAACCUGCAGAUCCUUUGACUAUUGUAGAACAAUCGUAAUUCCUUUCAAUUCAAUGCUUGAAUAAAAAUAACAAUUUCGGAAUCCA